AUGGAGACAUUUGUACUUACAACUCCAUCUGAGGAGACAUUGCCAGUAACUGAACUUGUUAGUAUGUUCGAAACUUAUCAUGAAUUAGAUUAUGAAGAGGAAUAUAAAGAAGAAGAAGAAGAGGAAGAAGAAGAGAAGGAAACUGCUAAGCCGGAAUGGUACGAGUACGAGGAGACCACGAAAUUACUAAUUAUAACAACCACUUCUAUGUCGUGGUAUAAAGUCACAACUGCACCUAUUACAACAAUUAUAAGAUCAGCAUUCACGACAGCAAGUACAACAGAAACAACUAUGAUAACGUCAGAAUUUACCACGAUGUUAAAGGUUGCAACUACGAAAUUGCCUACCACUAAAAUUACUCCUACUGAAAGUACAGUCAUUACCACGGAAACUGUAAUGCUCACUACUGAGAGCCCUAUCACCGAGAAUACUACUACUGCGGUUGAAACCACUACCAGGUUAUUUUUACCAGUUACUACAAAGGGUACCACUACAGAAAUUGUACCAAUUACAACUAAGGUUAUUACUACAGAAAUAGUCCCAACAGCGUCUGAAAGUAUCACCGCAAUUUAUGUAACCACAACAUCAAUAAAAACAAUAACUAUACCUACUACAACACUAGAAAUCAUUACAAGAUCACCCAUUACUGAAACUGAAACGACAUUCCAUGUUUUAGCUGAAAUCACAACACCAAUUACUAAAAUUACAAAUAUUACAACCCCACACAUUACCACGGAAAGUACUACAACUAAAUCUACUAUUGUAACAAUAAAGACAACGCCUGUCGUCGUAACAACUGUAAUAACCGUUUCUCCAUCAACUGUUCCUGCAAUUACUUUGCCUACAACUCAAGUUACAAAUAUUACCACAGGAACACAAUAUAUCACAACCGAAUCUAUCACAGUUGAAAUUCCUGUAACAGCGACGACAGUACCAACCACCGUAACGACGGUAACAACCGAAACCACCUCCUCAAUUACGACACACCAUACAUUUAUUACGAUCGAAGUUACCAAUAUAACUAUGAAAACACCAUUCAUCACUACUGAAACACCAUCCAUAACAAUAACAGAAACGACUCCAAUUAUUGUAACUACAAAGACGACAGAAACAACAUUUGCUGUGAAGGAUGAAAUUACCUUGCCUAUUAUAGAAGUCACAAAUGUUACCACACAGGCCCUGCCCACUGCCACUGAAACACCUGUAGUGACAACAACUAAAACGAUACCAAUUCCUAUUACUACAGAAACAACUGAAACAACAUUUGCUGUUAAAGUGGAAAUUACGUCGCCUGCAGUCAAAGUCACGAAUGUCACCACAGAGACCCUGCCCAUUACCACUGAAACGCCGAUGCUGACUACAACUAAAACGAUUCCAAUUCCUAUCACUACAGAGAUAACUGAAACAACAUUGGCUGUUGAAAUUACGUCACCUACAGUCGAAGUCACGAAUGUCACCACAGAGACCGUGCCCAUUACCACUGAAACAAUUCCAAUUCCUGUCACUACAGAGACAACUGAAACAACACUAGCUGUUGAAAUUACGUCGCCUACAGUCGAAGUCACGAAUGUCACCACAGAGACCUUGCCCAUUACCACUGAAGCAAUUCCAAUUCCUGUCACUACAGAGACAACUGAAACAACAUUUGCUGUUGAAGUUGAAAUUACGCCGCCUACAGUCAAAGUCACGAAUGUCACCACAGAGACCGUGCCCAUUACCACUGAAACAAUUCCAAUUCCUGUCACUACAGAGACAACUGAAACAACAUUGGCUGUUGAAGUUGAAAUUACGUCGCCUACAGUCGAAGUCACGAAUGUCACCACAGAGACCCUGCCCAUUACCACUGAAACGCCGAUGCUGACUACAACUGAAACGAUUCCAAUUCCUGUCACUACAGAGACAACUGAAACAACAUUUGCAGUUGAAGUUAAAAUUACCUCGCCUACAAUCCGAGUCACGAAUGUUACCACAGAGACCGUGCCCAUUACCACUGAAACAAUUCCAAUUCCUGUCACUACAGAGACAACUGAAACAACAUUGGCUGUUGAAGUUGAAAUUACGUCGCCUACAGUCGAAGUCACGAAUGUUACCACAAAGACCGUGCCCAUUACCACUGAAACAAUUCCAAUUCCUGUCACUACAGAGACAACUGAAACAACAUUGGCUGUUGAAGUUGAAAUUACGUCGCCUACAGUCGAAGUCACGAAUGUUACCACAGAGACCGUGCCCAUUACCACUGAAACAAUUCCAACUCCUGUCACUACAGAGACAACUGAAACAACAUUGGCUGUGGAAGUUGAAAUUACGUCGCCUACAGUCGAAGUCACGAAUGUCACUACAGAGACCGUGCCCAUUACCACUGAAACAAUUCCAAUUCCUGUCACUACAGAGACAACUGAAACAACACUAGCUGUUGAAAUUACGUCGCCUACAGUCGAAGUCACGAAUGUCACCACAGAGACCUUGCCCAUUACCACUGAAGCAAUUCCAAUUCCUGUCACUACAGAGACAACUGAAACAACAUUGGCUGUUGAAGCUGAAAUUACGUCGCCUACAGUCGAAGUCACGAAUGUUACCACAGAGACCGUGCCCAUUACCACUGAAACAAUUCCAAUUCCUGUCACUACAGAGACAACUGAAACAACAUUGGCUGUUGAAGUUGAAAUUACGUCGCCUACAGUCGAAGUCACGAAUGUUACCACAAAGACCGUGCCCAUUACCACUGAAACAAUUCCAAUUCCUGUCACUACAGAGACAACUGAAACAACAUUGGCUGUUGAAGUUGAAAUUACGUCGCCUACAGUCGAAGUCACGAAUGUCACUACAGAGACCGUGCCCAUUACUACUGAAACAUUUCCAAUUCCUGUCACUACAGAGACAACUGAAACAACAUUGGCUGUGGAAGUUGAAAUUACAUCGCCUACAGUCGAAGUCACGAAUGUUACCACAGAGACCGUGCCCAUUACCACUGAAACAAUUCCAACUCCUGUCACUACAGAGACAACUGAAACAACAUUGGCUGUUGAAGUUAAAAUUACGUCGCCUAUAGUCGAAGUCACGAACGUUACCACAGAGACCGUGCCCAUUACCACUGAAACAAUUCCAAUUCCUGUCACUACAGAGACAACUGAAACAACAUUUGCUGUUGAAGUUGAAAUUACGUCGCCUACAGUCGAAGUCACGAAUGUCACUACAGAGACCGUGCCCAUUACUACUGAAACAAUUCCAAUUCUUGUCACUACAGAGACAACUGAAACAACAUUGGCUGUGGAAGUUGAAAUUACGUCGCCUACAGUCGAAGUCACGAAUGUUACCACAGAGACCGUGCCCAUUACCACUGAAACAAUUCCAACUCCUGUCACUACAGAGACAACUGAAACAACAUUGGCUGUUGAAGUUAAAAUUACGUCGCCUAUAGUCGAAGUCACGAACGUUACCACAGAGACCGUGCCCAUUACCACUGAAACAAUUCCAAUUCCUGUCACUACAGAGACAACUGAAACAACAUUGGCUGUGGAAGUUGAAAUUACGUCGCCUACAGUCGAAGUCACGAAUGUUACCACAGAGACCGUGCCCAUUACCACUGAAACAAUUCCAACUCCUGUCACUACAGAGACAACUGAAACAACAUUGGCUGUUGAAGCUGAAAUUACGUCGCCUACAGUCGAAGUCACGAAUGUUACCACAGAGACUGUGCCCAUUACCACUGAAACAAUUCCAAUUCCUGUCACUACAGAGACAACUGAAACAACAUUGGCUGUUGAAGUUGAAAUUACGUCGCCUACAGUCGAAGUCACGAAUGUUACCACAAAGACCGUGCCCAUUACCACUGUAACAAUUCCAAUUCCUGUCACUACAGAGACAACUGAAACAACAUUGGCUGUUGAAGUUGAAAUUACGUCGCCUACAGUCGAAGUCACGAAUGUUACCACAAAGACCGUGCCCAUUACCACUGUAACAAUUCCAAUUCCUGUCACUACAGAGACAACUGAAACAACAUUUGCUGUUGAAGUUGAAAUUACGUCGCCUACAGUCGAAGUCACGAAUGUUACCACAGAGACCGUGCCCAUUACCACUGAAACAAUUCCAACUCCUGUCACUACAGAGACAACUGAAACAACAUUGGCUGUGGAAGUUGAAAUUACGUCGCCUACAGUCGAAAUCACGAAUGUUACCACAGAGACCGUGCCCAUUACCACUGAAACAAUUCCAACUCCUGUCACUACAGAGACAACUGAAACAACAUUGGCUGUGGAAGUUGAAAUUACGUCGCCUACAGUCGAAGUCACGAAUGUUACCACAGAGACCUCGCUCAUUACCACUGAAGCAAUUCCAAUUCCUGUCACUACAGAGACAACUGAAACAACACUAGCUGUUGAAAUUACGUCGCCUACAGUCGAAGUCACGAAUGUUACCACGGAGAUCCUGCCCACUACCACUGAAACAAUUCCAACUCCUGUCACUACAGAGACAACUGAAACAACAUUUGCUGUAGAAGUUGAAAUUACGUCGCCUACAGUCGAAGUCACGAAUGUCACCACAGAGACCCUGCCCAUUACCACUGAAACAAUUCCAAUUCCUGUCACUACAGAGACAACUGAAACAACAUUGGCUGUUGAAAUUACGUCACCUACAGUCGAAGUCACGAAUGUUACCACAGAGACCCUGCCCAUUACCACUGAAACAAUUCCAAUUUCUGCCACUACAGAGACAACUAUUACAGUAAUAUAUCCUGUUACAACCGAGGUACCCGCACUUGUAGAGUUAACAGAGGUCUUAUCACCGAUAACGGGUCAUUGGGAAGUUAAUAUUACUAGCCCUUAUGUAAAUGAAACAAUCGAAAUUUUGACAACUGAGUUGACUGUAGAAACUGCUAAAACGACUGAAUUUACUGUAACGACAAUCGUGUCCCCUAUCGUUACAACGACCGAAGAAGAAGUAUAUGAAAUAUAUGAGGAAACAAUUCCUAAAGAGGAGUACGAAGAGGAGGAGGAAGAGGAGGAGGAGGAGGAAAAAGAAGAGACAUUCAGUCCACCUUGGUACGACUAUGUAGAAGAGAAUAUAACAACGUCGACGCCAAAAAUUGAAACACCUACGAAAGAAAUUAUACGAAUAGAAGUUACAAUUAUCAAAGAAGAACUAAAUAUUACAACUCCCUUUGUGACUAUUCCUGAAAUUGUAUCUAUUACUUUAACGCCAUUAUUUAUUGAGGAAACAACAUUGAAAAGUCCAGCUAUUGAAACAACGACAGAAAAACCCAUUGGGAUAGAAAUAACUGAAAAGUCUAAUAUCACUACUUUGAAGUAUACGCUGCCUCCUACUCUGAAAUUCACUACGGAAUACUUGCCAGUCGAUUAUUUGGAAGAAAAUAUUACGAGACCGGCGAAAGUUACAACAUCCAUACCCAUAACUUCUACAAAGAUAUCGAAUAUUACUAAAGAAAAAGUUAGCAAGCUACCUAUUUCUCCUGAAUUAACGUCACCUAUGGUGACAGGCACGACGAAUCAAGAACAAAAGAAACAACAUCAAGAAGAAAAGAUAGAAAAGUUAAUAGAAGAUCUGAAAGAAUUAGAACAAACUGCGGAAAUAAUUAUAGAUAGAGAGAAAAAGCUGGAUAGAGAAGAGAAAGAUUGGAAAAUGGAUAUGGCAAGACGAAUGCACGAAAUCUUUCAAAAGCAAAAAGAAAUGAAAACCGCUUAUGAAACCAAGUCUUCCUCAACAACAGGAACUGAACGUGUCACUGAAGAACUGCCAGUUUUACCCAAAACAACGUCUCCGCUUAAUGCUACGGUCCCCCAAACUGAUGUUGUUCCAAUGAAACCAGAAAUGACAAUAAGUCUUGCAAUGACGACAAAAGAUGAACUCGAGGCAGAAAUUGAAGACUUGAAGAAGAAAUAUUCUGAAAAAGAGAAAUGGCUGAAGGCGCGAGAAAAGGAAUUAUUAGAAAGAGAAAAGAAGUUUCAGAGGGAGAAAGAAGAAUUUGAGAAGAAAAUAAAGGAAAUGGAGGAGAAAUUAGCGAGGGGGGAAGAAAUUUCAUUGACCACGGAACCCUAUUAUGAAGGACCAAUGCGUACAACGCCAUCUUUCUCGCAGGUACCACCUACUGAAAAAACGACAAUUGAAAUUCGAGAAACAACAGUAGCGGAACCUAUAAAAGAGACUAGUGUGAGAAAAAUCGUCACACAGUCUCAUGAGGAAGAAGAGGAAGAAGAAGAACACGAAGAACGGGUGAAAGUAAAAGACACAACGAAGAUAUGUUUGAAUGUUUUAAAGUCAAAACCUUUGGAAGAACAAGCUGAAGGUUUAGUGACGGGAAAACUUUGCUUACCGAUCAGUCCAGAUAAGUUGGCGUCCAAAGAGCAGAAAACAAAGAUCAGUGGACUGCACCUUAGAGAACACGAAUGGACUGAAAGUGCAUUUACGAAGGGUCAUGAAGAAUCGCAGACAGAAUUCGAGGAGGAGGAAAAUCGAUUUAAACGAAACAUUCCUCAGAGAGAGAAUGUUUGUCCUGAAUUUCUGAUUAAUCAAUUUACUAAUGGAAAUGAAGAUAUAAAGACGCAGAUUGAGCAGCCAUUUUCCAAAUAUGGAAAUCGUAGCUUUCGCCUUACGAAUAUUUUCAUGAUCACCGAAGCGUCAAAGACCACUGAGAAGAGUUAUUGGAAAAUUAGUAGUAACAGAUAUAAGGUUAGAUCUAUGUUACAAAUUAUUGAAGUUGAAGAUAAAGAGAAUGAGGAAGAGGACGAAAUAAUUGUGAAAAGAGAUGAAACAGGUGUUGAAAAUUGUUAUUACGAGGAUCAAGUCGAAAGAAAUCCGAGACAAGACGAAAGCACUUUCCCAGGUACAACGGAAAGUACAGAUGAUGAAAUCGAAGAGGAGACUGUAAAAUCUGAGAUUGAAUCGAGCGAAGAUAAUUCGUUCAAGAAUGAUGCAGAUAGGAAAACAGAAUCUGUUCCGGAGGAGGAAACGUAUAGUAACGAAGAUGAAGUGGAGGAAGUAACUGAAGGCCAACGUAUUAAGGAAAAACUAAGUGAAAGAAAGUACAAAGAUAAAGAGAAAGAAAAAGACGGUAAAGGUGAGAGUAAAGAAAAAUCGAGACAGACACCUGGUCCGGAAUGGCCAACCGAAGCUUUAACCGCUUAUCACGUAGGUGGUACUAGAAUCUGGAUGCUAGAGUAUCCAGAACGCGAGUUUUCGGAAUUGAAGGAAGGCGAACAAGACGUGGGAAACGUCGGAGAACGACCACUCGAGGCAACGACUUGCUACUAUGUUAUUCUUGAGAACGAGGAGGGCAGUCUCGAAAAUCCCGAGAAAGAUUACGAUAAAGAAAAUAGCUUUGAAUCAUCCUUGAAAGAGUAUAUUCCAAAUGCAAACGACCAAUAUCCCAGGUACAGAUAAAUCCUGACGCAAAAAGUCAGCAAAGGAGGAUACAUAAAUUUCACGAUAAAAAUUCUACUGUUAGGAAAAAAGUGAAGAAUUACCAUUUUUUUAACUACAAUACUUCAUUCUCGAUAAAAUACAUACAGUGACUCACAAAAAUAUUUGCGUAGCAACAUAAUAUAUUGAAAGCAAGUUUCUAUAAGUCUUGAGAUACUUUCAUGUGCCACUGUACAUAAUAUGUAUUUAUCAGAAACGCCAAGAAAGAAUAACGGAAAAGCAUAAAUCAGUAAAAUAGCAGUAAGAUGUAGCACCUAAUGCUAACAAGUUGUAAAAUUUGUAUAUAUGUAUAUAUAUGUAAAAGAGUAUAUUAAUAAAUUUAAUUAGAAAAUUCAUUUUAA